GGCCAAUCAGCGGACGUGAUCUUACAGAACAAAAUGGCAGCGCUGAGGUGUUGAGAAUUGGAAAUGAACAAAAACUUGAUUCAUUUACUGCAUAAAUUGGAAUCUUUUGUGUUUUUAAAACAGACAGAAUGAAGGUGGUGAAUCUGAAGCAGGCUAUCCUGCAGGCGUGGAAGGAGCGCUGGAGCGAUUAUCAAUGGGCCAUUAACAUCAAGAAGAACUGUCCUAAAGGAGCCACAUGGGACUACCUCAAUCUAGCAGAGGCUCUUCUGGAGCAGGCUAUGAUUGGCCCAUCACCCAACCCUCUCAUCUUGUCCUACUUGAAGUAUGCUAUCAGUUCACAGAUGGUGUCAUACUCUAGUGUGCUGACAGCAAUCAGCAAGUUUGAUGAUUUUUCACGAGAGCUAUGCAUCAAAUCAUUGCUUGAGGUCUUGGGCAUGUUCUCCAACUGCCUCAGCUGCCAUGGAAAGACAGAGGAGUGUAUAGGCCUGUGUCGCGCAAUGCUGUGUACCGUGGUUUGGCUCCUGCAAGGCUGUGCGUGGUACUGUGAGAGACUGCGGGAGUCCAGUGGUCUUCCUGCAGUAGAGAACAGUCUGAGAGCUUGCUUGGACCGUAUGAACAAUCUGUUACACAGCACCAAGAACAGAGCCCUGGUGCACAUCGCACGCCUGGAGGAACAAGGUGUGUGUGUAUACUAAGAAUAAUUCAUAUUA